AUGGUUCGUGUAGUGAUAGUUUUAGUUGCAGGCUUCUUUAGUCUAUCCAGUCAACAGACUAACUACUGUGACCCAAAGUUGUGCCCAUCUGGUGAACCUCACAUCGCGUGCAACGGAUUGAACAAGCUGUCCACCACGUGCGGCCCCGGAGCCCAGGAAGUCAAUCUCGCCCCUUUCCAAGACCUAAUCUUGGAUCUUCACAACCAGCUUCGCAACAGGGUCGCACUGGGAUUGCAAAACUACACCCGCUAUGCGUUCUUUCCUCAGGCCGUUCGGAUGCCAACACUGCAAUGGGACACAGAACUGGCCACGGUCGCUGCAACCAACGCCAGGCGAUGCAUUUACGGGCAUGACGAGUGUAGGUCAACAGUGCGAUAUCCGUACGCCGGGCAAAAUAUCGGAUUGUUUUCAUACUACGCACUAACCUUCACCGUUACCGAACUGAUUACGGACUUUAUUUACGAUUGGUACUCGGAAUACACCCUCACGACGCCAGCCUUUUUGGCCAAGUACCCUAGGGGAUAUACUGGCCCAGACAUUGGCCACUUCACGCAGAUCGUCUCGGAUCGGACCAACCGCAUCGGAUGUUCGUUAGUCACCUUUUACGAUUCCACCUGGAUCAACCAGUACUUUGUGUGCAACUACGCCCUGAUUAACCUAAUCGGUCAAACGGUGUAUGUGGCGGGAACAGCCUGCUCCAAGUGUACCACGGGUUGUAGCGUAAAGUACCCAGGACUUUGCAACACAAAUGAAGUAGUUAUCGCUAAACCAUAAGAUCGUAACUAAUUUUAAAAUUUAAGUCACAGCUGCACGUAGCUCAACUCUUUCUCAAACCAAAAUCCCCACGCCUGAAAACAAUCGCGAUAGUCUGAAAAGUUUUGGCGUCCAGCUUUGUGUUGCCUGUCGCAGCUUUUAGCUUUUCUUUUUAAACUUCAAAUGACGAGUUUUACGGAGGAACUUAAGCAGGAUGGUUCAAUCGUGACAACUUAAAUGUCCAUAACGAAUCGUGAGCUAGCAGAUGGAUUUUAAUUUUUCUUAAAACAUGCCAUCCAUCUGGAACGAUUUCCACGGGGAUGGCGGGCAAAAUGUUACUUAGAACUGGUUGUCUAAAAGACUACUGAAAAAUAAACUUAGAUUUUUAAUCUAGAUUGGAGGUGAAAAAUAAGGAAAUACAAUAUUUUUCAAACAGUUCAGAUCUAAUUUUUGAGAAAAUGAAAUCAAGUUCAUUGUUCUCUGUUGUACUGUUAUGUUUGUCAACCUGGUCACAUUAUCAAUUUGUAAUUAGUGAUUUUUGUUAUGCACGUGUUCAGUACACCCAAUACGUCCCUUUUGUAAAAAAAAACUUCCAACAGUGUUCCCAGCGAAUGGCCACAUGCAGCAGGACAGGAUUUAUUCUCUAUUCCGAAGAAUUCUUUCGUACCACCCAAUUUUCCAUUAUCAUUCCAAGCGCUGAGCUUUUCCAUUGCUUAUCGAGGACGAUCCGACGAUGAAGGAGGUGCAAAGGUUCGCGGAAGAAAACUUUGUCACGCCAGGAUUGCGGAAAAUUCCCGCGAGGAAAAGCGCUGGGAGGGUUGGGCAGCUCGAAACUUGCAAACAAUAGAACAAUUCUAAGCGAAAUUCGCUGCGAGAGUUUAAUUUAAUUUAAAAUUAUCUUCAUCCCGGUUUUCCUCCCACUUUUGGCUGGAAAUUGCAUGUCGCUCUUUUGUGAGUUUUGUUUUGCGAAAUUUUCCCGAAAAGAAUGUCGGUUUUGUUUUCUCACUUUCUUUGGAAGGGAAAGUUUCGGCCACCCUACUCCAACCCCCCGGUGCGAACUUAUCGGACGGGAACGAGUUUUUAUCGAUGACAGUGACAUGGUGGAAAACUUUAAACUUUUCCGACUAUAGUUGGGCAGACAACGGUGGUUUUGACCUCGGCCGGAAGAUCUGACUAGGAGAAGACAAUUGCAAAGUUGCACUUUUUGAGAGCGAAACCAUGAAAAUGAGGUUUAUUGUGCUUGCUAUAAAACAAAAAAAUCGCAAUCAAGACAACGAGUGUUACACUGCUUUUUGGUAAUGAGACAGAUAAGAUUAAAAUGGCAUGAUCUAUAAAGAUUAGUUAUAUAAAGAAAAAAACUGUAAAAGUAUACCUAUAGGAAUAUCAAUGUAGUAAAAUUUAUUAUAGCAACUUUGACAGUUAAAAUCAACCACCCAGAUUUUAACCAUAAUGGCGUAAAAUACCACUACAUUACCACACACUUCGAAAAAAUCGUGUAAUAUUCCGUCUCAUUUGAUGCACAUAACUGGAGCGUCAAAUAAGACUUAAAAUUACAUCAGAUUUUAAAAUUACAUGCCUCAACCGACAGGGCAUAUUGAAUGUAAAAUUACAGCAGACGCAAUUUUGUUGGAUACUUUCUUGUUGGAUUUCUGGACCAUUCUUAUUGGGAUAAAUAAAAACGACACGUUUUAAGUUUUCA